ACAGGCUUGGCAAUGGCCCAAGUUCGUCAUUUAACGGCCGCUUAUUUAACGGCGCUUGUUCUGCUCUUUUGCUCCGGUUCGGUCACCGGCCGCGUUUAUCAAACAGACGAUGCCAUCAUUGUCGAAGCUGAAAACGCAGGUAGCCGGGAAGGUCGAUCGGCCAUGAACGAUGGCGCAUUCCCGUUCCCGUUUCCAUUCGCCGAGCAGGGCGAUACGUUUCCAGCCGACAUUUCGGCUGGCCAGACUGCCAACGUGCCGAGCGACAGCAGUUUGUUGGCGUCGGCCAAAUCGUGCUUCACGACCGAGGGCAAACUCGGCUCUUGCACGUCCGUUCACGCCUGUUACCCGAAAUUCAAACUGCCCCAGUUGAGCAACCUUGAGACGUGGGUCAUCGGCACACGCGGGACGUGUCACUACGUCGAAAGGGACGGCCGACAGGUUUACGGAGUGUGUUGCGCAAGACAAGCAACACUUCCUGAUGGCGUUAUCGUCGGCAGUCUUUAUGGAACUGUACCGACUGUUCCAAUCAACCCGGAGACAGGUCUUCCGCAGGCUAACUUCCCUUGGUGGUUGUACUUCCCUUACAGGCCGAACAACGUGACGACCACCACGACCACCACGACUACAACAACAACAACAACAACCACAACGACAACAACUGCUGCACCUCUUCCGCCGAAAGAGGCCGUCUUCGUCGACAACAAAGCUUCGUGCGGUGUUGGACCGUUCAAAACGCUGAGCAUCGAUGAACAGAAGCGCAUCGUCGGCGGCACGGAAGCCAUUAGGAAUUCGUGGCCGGGCAUCGUGGCGCUGAAGAAUAAUGGCCGCCAGUUUUGCGGGGGAUCGUUGAUGAGCCCCAAUCACAUCCUGACGGCGGCUCAUUGCGUGGCGCAUAUGUCGUCGUGGGAUGUUGCGCGAUUGACCGUCGAACUGGGCAUGCACAUCUUGAAGCCGACCAGCGACGCGCAGGUGUCGAAGAAGGUCCGUCGCGUGACCCGUCACAAAGGAUUCGAUUCGAGGACGCUGUACAACGAUGUUGCCAUUUUGACGCUGGAAUCGCCCGUCUUCUUCACGUCGACGAUAUCGCCCGUUUGCUUGCCUCCAGCGGGAUCCAACGAUCAGUACACGAACAAAGACGCGGCCGUCAUUGGAUGGGGAGCCUUGAAAGAAGGUGGAAGCCAGCCGUCCGUGUUACAGCAAGUCACCGUUCAGAUCAUUACCAACGACAAAUGCAAGAACAGUUACGGUAGCGACGCACCGGGUGGCAUCGUCGAUCACAUGCUUUGCGCCGCCUAUCCUGGCAAAGAUUCUUGCAGCGGUGAUAGCGGAGGCCCGCUGCUCGUUCAGUCUUCGCCCGGGUCUCCUUGGGUCCAGGCCGGCAUCGUCAGUUGGGGAAUCGGAUGCGCACAACCAAAAUAUCCGGGUGUCUACGCCAGGGUAUCAUCGUUCAUGAACUGGAUCGGUAAAAACGCCGUCUGAAAGGCGUU